AAACCCCGCCGGCCCCUGAGGGAGCCGCUGUGCCCUCCGCACCGGAAGCCGCUGCAGCCCUUUCCUGCUGGAGCGGGGCCUGUGCAGACGGACCAAUCGGACGCGUGCAUUGUACGAAGUUGUCCAAUAGUAGGGCAGGACAGUGUUUAAAUGGAGCCGCGGCAGCGUGCGGCAGCGGCCACCGGUUUAGCUGGAGAGCGGAAAGGUUGUGUGCGGAGCGGCGACAGUGGCCCCCUUGUGUCUGUGUCCAUGGCGCUGCAGGUGACACGCCGUGCCCCUAUCGCUAGAGGGACGGAGAAUGCUGUGCCUGACCUUAGAAGUAAAGCAAAAACUCAAGUGACUGGCAAAAGGUCUGCUUUGGAGGAAAUAGGAAAUAAGUUUGCAACAAGAGGAACACACAUAUCUAAGAAAACAGAAUGCCUCAAAGCAUCUACAAAGCCUGUGAAAGCAUCUAGCAAGGUGACAAAUGGAACUGUACUGCCUAAAGGUCCAGCUGCUGUAAAUGAAGCAAACAAAGAAACUGAUGUUCCAAAGGCUCUGUCUCCUGUCCCUAUGGAUGUGUCCAUGCAGGAGGAGGAUUUGUGCCAGGCCUUCUCUGAUGUGCUGCUCAACAACAUCCAGGACAUCGAUGCAGAGGACUCUGAGAACCCCCAGCUGUGUAGUGACUACGUGAAAGACAUCUACCUGUACCUGAGGGAGCUCGAGCUGCAGCAGUCCGUCCGUCCGCACUACCUGGACGGGAGGACGAUCAACGGGCGCAUGCGCGCCAUCCUGGUGGACUGGCUCGUGCAGGUGCACUCGAGGUUCCGCCUCCUGCAGGAGACCCUCUACAUGUGUGUGGCCAUCAUGGAUCGCUUCCUGCAGAAUCAUCCAGUACCUCGCAAGAAGCUUCAGCUGGUGGGCGUAACAGCGAUGCUUGUAGCUUCAAAAUAUGAAGAGAUCUUGUCUCCUGAUGUAGCAGACUUUGUUUAUAUUACUGACAAUUCCUACACCAGUAAUGAAAUUAGAGAAAUGGAAAUGAUUAUUCUUAAAGAAUUAAACUUUGACCUGGGGAGACCUCUUCCAAUUCACUUCUUAAGAAGAGCAUCAAAAGCUGGGGAGGCCGAUGCCAAGCAACACACUCUGGCAAAGUACCUGAUGGAGCUGACCCUGGUAGACUAUGACAUGGUGCACCACCGGCCCUCAGAGAUUGCAGCUGCUGCCCUGUGCCUGUCUCAGAGGGUUCUGGGACAUACCAAAUGGGGUACAAAGCAGCAGUACUACACUGGCUAUGCAGAAGACAGCCUUGUGAUGACCAUGAAACAUAUGGCCAAGAAUGUAGUCAAAGUGAAUGAGAAGUUAACAAAAUACACUGCGAUCAAGAACAAGUAUGCAAGCAGCAAACUACUGACCAUCAGCACCAUCCCUCAGCUGAACAGUGAGAUCAUCAAGGAUCUGGCUGCAUCGCUGCUGUGAAGCCCUGGGCAGCCAGGGCUGAUGGGGUUUGCACUUUGUUUCCUGCUUUUGUACAUAGCAUUCCAGCUCCCACAGACACUUCUGACUCACACUGAAGGUGGCGUUUUAAUUUGCUUUGUAAUACAGCUUUCUACCUAAAAAUAAAACUCCUUUCUUUUAAA